AUUGGAGUAUCUACGUAAUUAUCUUCGGACAAGAAAAGAGUAGAAUUUGUCAUCAAGACUGUAGUAAAAACUUGCGCACACACAGUCUAACCGCCGGCGGCCGGCAAUCCCCCUUUCAUUCUUCCGCUAAAAAUUAGUAGAUAAAUCAUCUCCCUCAUUUCAACCCAUUUUUCCUGGUUUCUUCGUUGACCUUCACCUCCAUUCUUCCUCCAUUUCUGCUUUAGUUUCUCAACCUCUUUUUAAUCCUUCAACCUUUUAUCUCUUUCUAUUUGUUGUCAAUUUCUUGACCCACCAAAUUUUCCAGUCAACUUUUGCUGAAACUCAUAAUUGAACUCCUCUAAAGUUCCAAACUUCACGAGAUUGCAACUACCCAGAAAAUUUCAACUCCUCAAAAUCCAAUCUUGUUUCUAACCCAUGGUUGAUAUUCUUGUUUAUGACUUCCAAUGAUUACUCAUGUAAAUGACUUCCAAUGAUGUUCGACUGUGGUUAUGGUCAGAAGGACAAGUUUGUGAGGUUGGAUGACUUGGAUUCAACAGCUUCACAGUCUCCUGCUUCCACUGGAUUGAAUAAAUGCCGAUUUGGUAUUGAAGGGCUAAAUUGUGCUAAUAAUAGUAAUAGUUAUGCUAUUAAUAGAUCAUCUAAUUCCUUUAAGAGUGGAAUGAUGAAAGGUUCUGAAGGACUUCGUUCAAUUGGCAGAUCACUUAGAUUCGGGGUUUCUCGAGCAGUGUUUCCCGAGGAUCUAAAAGUCUCUGAGAAAAAGAUUUUUGAUCCACAAGACAAAUUUCUACUACUUUGGAAUAAACUUUUUGUGGCAUCAUGUAUUUUUUCGGUUUCCGUGGAUCCCUUUUUCUUCUUUCUUCCAAUUGUCAAUCCAAAAUUGAAUUGUCUGGGUAUAGACCGAAAGUUGGCAAUUGUAGCUACUACAGUCCGUACAGUAAUAGAUGUUUUUUACCUCAUUCGCAUGGCUCUCCAAUUCCGAACUGCUUAUAUUGCUCCAUCAUCUCGAGUUUUUGGGCGGGGUGAACUUGUCAUCGAUGCUGCUCAAAUUGCUAAGCGGUAUCUGCUGGGCUAUUUUAUUAUUGAUUUUCUUUCUGUGCUGCCCUUACCACAGAUUGUUAUCUGGAGGUAUCUACAGAGGCUGAAUGGUUCUGAUGUGUAUGCAACCAAACAGGCGUUGCUUUUCAUAGUCUUGAUUCAAUAUAUCCCUAGAUUCGUAAGAAUCAUUCCCCUCUUUUCAGAAUUGAAAAGGACGUCAGGUGUCUUUGCUGAAACUGCGUGGGCCGGUGCUGCAUACUAUCUGCUUCUCUACAUGCUUUGUAGCCAUAUAGUUGGGGCAUUAUGGUAUCUUCUAGGCAUGGAGCGUAAUGAUUCUUGUUGGCAGAAAGUUUGUUUGGAUAAUAAGGGAAACUGCAGCAAUACUUUCUUGUAUUGUGACGAUCAGCCAUCGCCAGGCUAUCAGAAAUGGAACAAUAUUAGUGUUUCAGCAAUUAAUGCCACUUGCUCUGGGAGUGAUGACAAUGAUGGGUUUGACUUUGGAAUCUUUGGACAGGCUUUGAAAUCUGGCAUUUUCUCAUCAAGUAGCUUCAUAUCUAAGUACUGUUACUGCUUAUGGUGGGGGCUACAAAAUUUAAGUACACUAGGACAGGGACUUCAAACCAGCACCUAUCCGGGAGAGGUCAUAUUCUCCAUUGCACUGGCUAUAUUUGGGCUUAUCCUCUUUGCACUUUUGAUUGGUAAUAUGCAGACUUAUCUUCAAUCUCUUACCAUUCGGCUUGAAGAAAUGAGGGUCAAAAGGCGUGAUUCAGAGCAGUGGAUGCAUCACCGUUUGCUGCCGCAAGAACUGAGGGAACGUGUUAGACGAUAUGAUCAAUACAAAUGGCUGGAAACACGUGGUGUUGAUGAAGAGAGCUUGGUCACUAGUCUACCGAAGGAUCUUAGGAGGGACAUAAAACGCCAUUUGUGUCUCGCAUUAGUGCGGAGGGUCCCUCUGUUUGAAAAUAUGGAUGAGAGGUUGCUGGAUGCAAUAUGUGAGCGUCUGAAGCCAAGUUUAUACACAGAAAAAACGUACAUCCUUCGAGAAGGUGAUCCAGUUGAUGAAAUGCUCUUCAUAAUUCGUGGCCGCCUUGAGAGUGAGACCACAGAUGGUGGAAGGAGUGGAUUUUUGAACCGCAGUUUGCUAAAAGAGGGGGACUUUUGUGGAGACGAGCUUCUAACAUGGGCAUUGGAUCCCAAAUCUGGGUCAAACCUCCCAUCAUCAACUCGAACAGUGAGAGCCAUCACAGAAGUUGAAGCCUUUGCCCUUGAAGCAGAGGAGCUCAAAUUUGUAGCGAGUCAAUUUAGACGGCUUCAUAGUAGACAAGUUCAACAUACCUUCAGGUUUUACUCACAGCAGUGGAGAACAUGGGCUGCUCGGUUUAUUCAAGCAGCAUGGCGCAGAUAUCUGAAGAGGAAAGUGAUGGAACAGCAGCGGCGCAAGGAGGAGGAAGAAGCUGAAGCAUCGAUGAAGAGCGGCAGUGGUGGUGGCUCUUAUAGCUUUGGAGCCACCCUUCUAGCAUCAAGGUUUGCCGCAAAUGCUCUUCGUGGUGUUCAUCGGAAUCGGCUUUCCCGGGGUACUAGUGUUUUGGUAAAACCACCUAAACCUCCAGAGCCUGACUUUUCGGCUGAUGCAGACUAACUUCCUGUUUGUCUGACCGUCUCGAAGGGAUUGCCUGAUGAAGUGGUUACUGUAAUGUUUACUACUCAUUUUUUGGUGGUUCCUUGAAAGUGAUUAGUUAUGUAUAAUACACGGAGUACCAAAUAUGUAUAAUUUUUUUUUUUUAAUUUGAAGGAUAGCAGUAAGAAAUGAAACUUGUACGUGUGGGUUCGGAUUUGUUGCUGUAAUAUUUAUUGUUGAAAUCUGAUUAUUUCUGUA